AUGGAACUCUGCCUAAAAUACCUUGCAACUAUAUCCGCUACCCCAAGCAAUCCAGCAUACCAGCAAACCACCAAAGACUUCCUGACAGAGAUCUUCAGGCAUAAACCACGACUUCCCAAGCCACUGUGGAUGAGGAUACAACACUACAAGGAAGCGUUGGACAUCAACUUUCCACCUAUUGCACUAAGAAGUCUAGGACAAUCUCCCCCAUGGCAAGAAUUUACCACCAAUAUGGACCUAAGUAUGAGCGAGCACAACAGACCUACCACUCUACCCUCAACAUUUAGAACUCUUUUUCUUGCUAUCCAAGAAAAAUACAAUAACUAUGAUGAGUAUUAUACUGAUGGCUCAGUCACUACCAAUCACUCUGGCUUCGCUGUCGUUACCUAUACAAACACUGUUAAUUCAAGCCGCAUGCAUAACAUGUGUUCAAUAUGGACUGUAAUUUAUUCAGACUCCUUAUCAGCUCUCCUCGCAAUAAAAAAUCAAUUCAAUGUACAUCCACUGAUACAACACAUACACAAAUUACUUGAAGAAAUAGCAGCACUUGACAUCAUCAUCUCCUUCGUAUGGGUCCCAGCACACCAGGGUAUUGUGGGAAACGAGUUAGCUGAUAAAGCGGCGAAGGAAGCUAUAACCCAGGAAAUUGCUCCAAAUCUCAUUACAGCACACCUUGAUGUUAAAAAACUGAUCAAAACAAAGAUCAAAUCCCAAUGGAACCAUCAAUGA